CUAUAAUGGCACAUAUAUAAAUAUGAGUCCUCUAUCUAUCUCUAUUCUCUCUCUCUCUCUCUGCAAAGAGUCGCCCGUUAACCCUCAAACUACCGAAUAGCCCUUUAAAAAGGUGGAAGUAAAAUAAUUACACCAUUCCUUUGUGGACCGCCAUAAUAUUAGAGAAGAAGAAGAGAGAAUUACAGGUCGGUCAGAGCCUACGGUCAGAGUCAAAAGCGCAACAGAGCGGAGACACGAUGUGGUACUUUCCUUCAUUCUCCACAGAGACAUGGACUCUGGUAGCGAUACUAUUUGCUAUCUUCAUGUGGUAUGGGUAUGCACCUUAUGGAUUCUUCAAGAAACUCGGCAUCCAGGGACCUAAACCUCUCCCCUUCAUAGGGACGUUUUUAGAGUACAAAAGGGGUCUCUUCAUAUUUGACAAUGCCUGUUACCAGAAGUACGGCGAUGUGUGGGGGUUAUUUGAUGGGAGACUGCCCAUAAUGGGUGUGAUGGACACAGCCAUGAUCAAAACCAUCCUGGUGAAGGAAUGUUACUCUGUGUUUACCAACAGACGGGACUUUGGGUUGAACGGGGAGCUCCACGACGCUGUAACAACCGUAGAAGACGAUGAGUGGAGGAGAAUCCGCAGCACUCUGUCUCCCUCCUUCACCAGUGGACGACUCAAAGAUAUGUUCAUGAUAAUGACUCAACACUCCAGAAACCUGGUGAAGUUUCUGCAGAAGAAGGUGGACACUGACGAGGUCCUGGAAGUUAAAGAAAUCUUUGGGGCCUACAGUAUGGACGUGGUGGCAAGUAGCGCGUUCAGUGUUGACAUUGAUUCUAUCAACCAACCCAACGAUCCCUUAGUCGUCAACGUAAAGAAACUACUCAAAUUCAACCUGUUAAAUCCUCUCCUAAUCUUAGUAGUGUUGUUCCCGUUUAUGCGUCCGCUCCUGGAAAUGUGUAAUGUCUCUUUCCUACCUGCUGGUGCUAUGAAAUUCUUCUAUUCCUUCCUGAGGAAGAUCAAAGCAGAGAGGAGCAAGAAUGUACACAAUACCAGAGUGGACUUAAUGCAGCUGAUGGUGGACUCUCAGAUCCCACAGGACCACAGGUCCAAGGAGGCUGCACACAAAGGGCUGACGGACCAUGAGAUCCUGUCCCAGGCGUUGACAUACAUCUUUGGGGGCUAUGAGACCAGCAGCAGCACACUAGGUUUCCUAUCCUAUAACCUGGCAACAAACCCUGACGUCCAGGCUGCCCUGCAGGAUGAGAUCGACCAAAUCUUCCCCGACAAGGCUCCGCCCACCUAUGAAGGGCUGAUGCAGAUGGAGUAUCUGGACAUGGUCAUCAACGAGACCUUGCGGGUGUAUCCCAUCAUCAGCCGGCUAGAGAGGGUUGCCAAGGCGACCGUGGAGGUGAAUGGUGUGACCAUCCCCAAGGGAACUGUUGUCAUGAUCCCAAUCAUGGUCCUUCACCACCACCCAACACACUGGCCCAAACCUGAAGUCUUCCGACCAGAGAGGUUCAGUAAGGAGAACAGAGAGAACAUUGAUCCCUACACCUUCCUUCCGUUUGGGAUGGGGCCCAGGAACUGUAUCGGCAUGAGAUUCGCCCUCCAGACCAUUAAGCUGGUGACAGUAGAGAUCCUCCAGAGCUUCAGUUUUGUCACCUGCAAGGAGACAGAAGUUCCUCUGGAGCUGUUUGACAACGGCUUCCUCACCCCAACGAAGCCCAUCAAGCUGAAGCUGGUCCCCCGUGUUGUGGCCCCCAGCCAGGAUUGAGAGGAGAGGCACGGGUAUACAGGACACUACCCUGUUAGUCUAGCCAAGUCGGUUUCUGCUUCAGUCAAACAUGGUUGGCAUGGCAAUGAGUAAAUUGUCUAAAGGGCAAGGCAACCUUCCUAUUGAGGUAUGGAAGGGAUCACCUUAGACUCAUUGAUAUUACAGGCUUACCCUCUGGAAUUAGUACAAUUCAUUGAUUUUAUAGUGAAGAAACUA